AUGUCUUUCGGCGGCCAAACACCCACAAUCAUUGUCCUCAAAGAGGGGACCGAUAGCUCUCAGGGCAAGCCUCAGAUCAUCUCCAACAUAAAUGCCUGUCUCGCUGUACAGGCUACGAUCAAGUCAACUCUCGGCCCAUACGGAGGCGACUUGUUAAUGGUCGAUGCGAAUGGGAGACAGACGAUUACCAAUGAUGGAGCGACCGUGAUGAAGCUUCUAGAUAUUGUACACCCAGCUGCACGAAUUCUAGUCGACAUUGCGAGGUCGCAAGAUGCGGAGGUUGGCGAUGGAACCACAUCUGUCGUCGUACUGGCGGGCGAGGUCCUCAAAGAGAUCAAGGAGCAUGUGGAGCAGGGUGUUAGCUCGCAGAUUAUCAUCAAGGGACUGCGGAGAGCGUCUAUGAUGGCCGUCAACAAGAUAAAGGAGAUCGCUAUCAGCACAAACGAGGCGAACAGGAGGGAAACGCUCAGCAAGCUCGCUGCCACGGCGAUGACCAGCAAGCUGAUUAAGCGGAAUACGACCUUCUUCACGAAAAUGGUUGUCGACGCAGUUCUAUCCCUCGACCAAGACGAUCUCAACGAGAAGCUGAUUGGCAUCAAGAAGAUUCCAGGUGGCUCUCUGACCGACUCGCUGUUCGUGAACGGUGUAGCUUUCAAGAAGACAUUCUCAUACGCCGGAUUCGAGCAACAACCAAAGUCUUUCAAGAAGCCCAAGAUUGUCUGUCUGAACGUUGAGCUUGAACUGAAGGCUGAAAAGGACAACGCCGAAGUUCGCGUUGAGCAGGUCUCAGAAUACCAGGCCAUCGUGGACGCGGAGUGGCAAAUCAUCUACAAGAAGCUGGAAGCGGUUUACAAGACGGGUGCAAAGGUGGUUCUGAGCAAGCUGCCCAUCGGAGAUUUGGCAACGCAGUUCUUCGCAGACCGCGAUGUCUUCUGUGCUGGCCGAGUUGCUGCCGAGGACAUGGAGCGAGUGGUACAAGCAACUGGUGCUACGAUUCAGUCAACUUGCUCAGACAUUCAAGCUGAGCAUCUUGGCACAUGCGGCACUUUCGAAGAACGGCAGAUUGGUGGUGAAAGGUUCAACUUCUUCGAGGAUUGCCCGGAGGCGAAGACCUGUACGCUGGUCUUACGUGGUGGCGCAGAACAGUUCAUCGCAGAGGUCGAGCGUUCAUUACACGAUGCCAUAAUGAUCGUCAAGCGUGCAAUUCGCAACCGAACAAUUGUUGGUGGUGGAGGAGCUUGUGAAAUGGAGGUUUCAGCCUAUCUACAUCGAUUCGCCGACAAGAAUGUCCCACAUAAACAACAGGCCAUUAUCAAGAGCUUUGCAAAGGCACUUGAGGUCAUUCCUCGACAACUAUGCGACAAUGCCGGAUUUGACGCGACUGAUAUCCUUAACAAGCUCCGAGUGGAGCAUCGUAAGGGUAACACAUGGGCCGGUGUCGAUUUCCAGAACGAGGGGGUCGCAGACAUGAUGGAGCGAUUCGUUUGGGAGCCAGCACUAGUAAAGAUCAACGCCAUUCAAGCCGCAACAGAGGCCAGUUGCUUGAUUCUUGGUGUCGACGAGACAAUCCGCAAUGAGGAGAGCCAGCAGCCACAAGCACCUGGCAAGCCCCUGCCGCCUGGUGCAGCACAGCGAGCUCUACGUGGGCGGGGAAGAGGCAUGCCCAGGCGGUAA